UCCCGCGAUUCCGGCGCGCUUUUCAAAAGUCCGCGCCCAGGAUUAACUCCCGGCACGCGCGGUAAUUAGCGUGCGUGAGCGUAUCGCACGUGGCCGCCGUCAUCGUUGUUAUUCGACAAUCUCGCACGAUACCGGCCAGGGCUUAAGCUGAUCGGAUAUUCGCCGCUCGGGUUAUAAAACAAAUUGCGAACGACUGAACGAUCUCGGAAUAUGCUUCGAGGAUACGUGAAACGAUCGCGUCUACAGGUGAGCCUUGUUGAUUCAAAGCAGUUGAAGCGAGGCUACGUGAGUCGUAAAACGUAUGUCCAGUUUUUACCCAAUAAUUUGGGAUGCGACGUGAAACGUGUCGACUCACUUUUCGGUCGUUUGCAAUCGAAGCGACCGUACGACUUUACAAGGCAGAAACUUCUCGAUUUUUUAAAUACCAAAAUCCUUCCCCUGGGAGAUUCUCCCAAUAUUUGUUGAAUUCAAUAUUUUCCCUCCCUCCCAAAAAAUUACUUAUUGAAAUAUUUCACAGACGUACUGGAUUCUUCAGAUUUUGCGUUAUACGCUUUUUCUAGCUAUAUGAUUCAGCUAAUUAUUAUUAGCUAACGCUAUAUAUGUAUAUAUUACCUUUUGCUGUGUCCUUUUUUAAAUAUGCGUAAUGUGUUCGUUAAUCAAUAUUUCUUUUCAUUGAAGAUAUAUUCUCGCUAUCUCUCAGAGAGCUAAACGGAAUUCGCACUGACCCGUUGAGCUGAUUUACGCAUUCACGCGUUUACUGUUACAUUCUUAUCGAACUUGGCACUUGUAAACAACUUUUGCAAUAUACUAGUUGAUUACAAUUCCGCCGACUAUUGCUAUGUCAUCACAUCAAACAAUAAACGGUGUCCGCUUUAUUCGAAUGGAUUUUCCAAUAGUAGGUAUAGUACUAGAAACAAUAACGCAUUGGCAUUUUCCUGUUGAUGUCAUUUAUGUUUGGGAUACAUUUCGCAUUUUACCGGUUUCCGGUGUACGUACGUUCACGUGCUGUGUGACUGCCGCGAUAAGCCGUGGCAGAAAGAAACAAUCGUAGAAUGUGACGUACCUGGGCUCGCAUCGAAACGUUAAAUGAGCGUGUGCAGCCCGUAAUGCUGUUUUUCCCACAAUUAUGCGCAUGCUAUCAAUUGUUUGACCGCAAUGUGGGAUACAUAAGCGUCAAACCGCUUGUAUUGUCGCAUUCACCGUUUCGGGAGAGCGAUCGGCGUUCAUGUUUCGAGUCUGACUCAACCGCAAAAUAAACCAUCAUUAUCGAUCAAUUCGAUGGUGUAAUUGAUAGUGUUCAAGUAGAUUUCGAUAAUGCCUAAUUGAUAGUGUUCAAGUAGAUUUCGCAAUAACGCUUCUAUGCGACUCUACGGAAACGUAUACGGUAAACUUGGUAACGUCAAAAUAAAAUUUGACAACACGGAGCACGUCAGUUUUUUCGUCUCCCGUGCUCGUCUAGAGGAAGAGAAAGUAAGAGUAAGAAAUUCCCGCGGCUAAAUUUAAUCGCUGCUCUUCGCACUGCGAUGCAGCAGCACACUGCCGUAUCGAUGGAGCAGCAUGAACGACGGUGGCAGCACCACAUGGCGGUGCGCACUGGCAUCCUUAUUGAUUAUCGUAGAUGGAGACAAAGUCGGCGGGAAAAUCAAUAUCACAAUUCGCCGGCGCCCUCGCUAUUUUCGACGGGAAAUUUUUGCUCCCUCGACGUUCCUACGAUCCCGAAGUUAAAUCCAAGAGUGCGCAGAUCGCCGAUCACGCGUCUCGUUUUGUGAGCGAGUAAUCGCACAGCCGUGGAUAUUACGAUGUAGUCGCUAUCGGUGCGCGUGUUGUCUCUUCUUGUUCGCCUGAGAAUUGAUUUGCCGCUUCCCGAAUACCGCAACUCGACUGGGUCAUCCCUCGCUGAGACGAUGACAGAUCUGCUCGUCGCUGAUGCAUCGCAGCAGCGAUCGAGAGCGACCACCUGAGGAGGGACGAGAAGAAUCAGCGAACUACACAUAUAACGUAUGCAGAUUUUUCUCUCAUUGCCGACGACAACGUAAGCCUCGACUGCGCUAUACCAACACCUGGUGACUCAUUGCGACGCAUUUAUCCAUCAGCUGAUCGAUGCAACGGGAAAAAGAGCACUUCGGCGCGCACGGUAUAGAGAAAAAAUCUCGACUGUAGCGCGGAAAUAAUAACGGACGCGCAGAUUAACGAGGGCAUAUCGGGGGACGAGACGCGCAUUGUUCGUUAAUUAUCGGCGAGGAACUCGUCGUCUCAACGACAAGGAGGACGUCCGAUGUAUAUACUUGGAAAAUAAAUUCCCAGGUCAAUCUGCGCAGUUGAAGGGAACGGCAGUCUAUGCGAAUCGUCGGCGGCUGCGCUUGUGCGAGUGAACGAUCAUUGGGGAAUAUCGCAUAAUCCCCGGGAAUCGAUUGUGGGAUAGUGAGAGCGGAGGAAUCGUCUUCUAUGCGGCAAGAAUCCCUGACCGGUCUGAAACUGCGGCCGCCGGGCGAUCACGGUGGUGUACAUCACGGCGGGGUCAUGCUCGAGGAAGACAUGGCUGGUGCUCAGGACACGAUAUACCUGUGCAAUUUUAGGGUGUCGGUAGAUGGCGAAUGGCUCUGUUUGAAGGAGCUGCAGGAUGUCGAGUUCUCGCUGCAGGACUCGAUGCAGCGAUCACCGUCGCCGCCGCUCGCUCUAAGUGCACGGGACCCGGUGAUCAUCGAGAGAAGUAAUCUCGUUAACAUUUCCAAACUAAUCGUGAAGGAGCUGAUCGAAACAUCCUUGAAGUAUGGUCGUAUGCUUGAUUCCGAUCACAUGCCGUUGCAACAUUUCUUCAUCGUUCUCGAACAUGUGCUUAGGCAUGGUUUACGGCCGAAGAAGGGUCUUCUCGGACCCAAGAAGGAGCUCUGGGACAUUCUUCAGCUCGUUGAGAAAUAUUGUCCCGAAGCGCAAGAUAUUACCUCCAGCAUUCGUGAUUUGCCUACUGUUAGGACGGCUAUGGGUAGGGCGCGCGCUUGGCUUCGUAUGGCAUUGAUGCAAAAAAAAUUAGCGGAUUAUCUGAAAGUUCUGAUAGAUCAUAAGGAUGAUAUUUUGUCGGAGUACUUCGAGCCGGACGCUCUCAUGAUGAGCGAGGAGGCGAUCGUGGUGAUGGGUUUGUUAGUGGGAUUAAACGUGAUCGAUUGCAACUUCUGCGUAAAGGAGGAAGACCUCGAUUGUCAGCAGGGCGUAAUCGACUUUUCGCUGUACCUACGUAACAGCAAUCAUAUACCCGGCGAAUCUCCAGACGACGAGCUCGAAAACGACAACAUGACGACGGUGCUCGAUCAGAAGAACUAUAUCGAGGAGCUCAAUCGGCAUUUGAACGCGACGGUGACGAAUCUCCAAGCUAAAGUGGAAUCUCUAACGACAACGAACGCUCUCAUGAAGGAAGAUCUCGCUAUCGCUAAGAAUAACAUCCUAUCACUUCAAGAGGAGAAUAGGCAGCUGAAGAAGGAACUCGGUAUCGAGGUUAAAGACGCGAACGAGAACGGUAAAGCACCUCUUAAAAUAACAGAAACUACAGCGGAAAUGGAAGAGCUUAGAAGCAGAUUAGAAUCUGAAAAGAAAUCUCGGCAAGAUCUGGAGAAAGAAUUGGAAUUACAGAUUAGCAUGAAGUCCGAAAUGGAAGUAGCUAUGAAGUUGUUAGAGAAGGAUAUACACGAGAAGCAAGACACUAUAAUAUCACUGAGACGACAACUGGACGAUAUCAAAUUAAUCAACUUGGAAAUGUACAAAAAGCUGCAGGAGUGCGAAGGCUCGCUUAAGCAUAAGACAGAACUGAUCACAAAGUUGGAAGCUAAAACACUGUCGAUGACUGAGAGCAUCCAGAAAAUGGAUGAGAAGUGCAAGGAGAUCGAUGGUGUCAGAUCGGGGGUGGAGGAGAGGGUGAGAGUCCUGGACGCGGAGGCCGUUGAGAGGGAAGCGCGGACGAAUGGGGUCGAGAGGGAAUUGCGACUCGAGCGCGAAUGGAGAACCUCCUUGCAGGAAACAUCGAUCUGUAACACGGAGAAGAUCUCUCAAUUACAUCAGGAGAUCGAUCAGCUGAAACGGGUGUCCGAGAGAUACUUGACGCUGCAAGAGGAGUAUUACGCGCUGAAGGAGGUGUGCAGCGAGCAGGAACGAACUCUGGAGGAACUUGGGGGACAAUUGAGCGCGGCCAAAUUAGCGGCGGCCGAACUGCGCGAGGCCGCUGACAACGUUCAGCAGCAGCAGCAGCAGUCGGCGCUCCAAGAAGGAUCGGUUGCCUGGGCGAACGAUCGGAUGGUCACCCAAUGCAAGGGGUGCAGCCGUGAGUUCAACAUGACUCGUCGCAAGCCGGCGGUUCGAGGAAUACUCGUACGACGGGAGCGUGGGCGAGCGCUCUCGAGGGGGUUGAAAGGAGGGCGCAGGAAAGGGUGCACCAUUGUCGCAAUUGUGGGAACAUUUUCUGUAACGCUUGCAGCGACAAUACUACAGCCUUGCCGAACUCAACGAAGCCGGCGCGCGUUUGUGACGAAUGUUACGUGUUUCUGGUUAGUCGUUACCCGGUGGCGCGUUAAUACCUCGCGCGUUUUUAUUUUCCCGCAAGCAACCCGUAUAACGGAGAUUUCAACCUGAUGCAUGGUCUCGGGUGGAAGAAGAAAGAAAAAAGAAAAAUAAAAUAGAAGAGGGAGAGAGAAAGAGAGAGAGAGAGAGGAAAAGAACGGAAAAAGGGAGCGUGAAGGAAGAACUGAGAGUUGACAGAAUCUGUCCGAAAAUAUAGCCUUUGAAUGCGUCUCUCAUUUAUGGUACGUUAUGCGUAACCAUUUAUCGCAAAUUGAACGUAUGCGAUGACGAGCGAGCCAAUCUGCCGCGAGCGAUGUUUCGUUCCCGCUUUGGUUCCUCUUUUUCCCCUUUUUUUUAUUUACGAAAACGCCCACGAUAUUCUAGAGUUUGUACGAGUUGGUUUGAACGAAUGUACAAUUUUUGCGACUUUAUUCACAACGUAAUUCUUAAUAACUUUUUAAACAGUCUUACAAAUAAUCGACAAAAGUGUACGACCGGUGGAGUUUAUUUAUUCCUUUCCACUCGAUUUGGUCGUAGAAUAAGAACGUCCGUUUCAUUUUGCACAACAAUUACAAUCGGCUCAUUUAGUGCGGCGAGUGAAAAGACUCUAUCGAUCGGUUACGAGUCCAAAAUAUUUACGAUACGUAAACACUUGUUGGCACACGAGAGUUUUGGGAAAAGAAAAAAAUUUAACCGUGCGCGCUUUGUUUCCAGUAGCGUUUGAUGGUAUCGUUUCUCGUUUGUUACGCUCAGCUUGAGCGCAGUAAGACCAUACGUAAGCGUAAGAUUGUGACUCAGUGGCGAUUUGUGAAGUAACGAAACUGCAGUUUUGCUUGCAGUGUCCAAACGCGUGCCUGUACAACGAUAUUUUUAAGAUAUUCUGUACCGUCUGAGAGAGAUUAUACGUAAAUAAAUGAGAUGGUUUUCUAAA